AAGCUCCUGGCUCCUGGCUUCAGAUAGGCGCAGCUCCAGCCGUUGUGGCCAAUUGGGGAGUGAACCAGCAGAUGGAGGAUCUCUCUCUCUCUCUCUCUCUCUCUCUCUCUCUCCUUCUCUUUCUGUGUAACUCUGACUUUCAAAUAAAUAAAUAUAUCUUUAAAAAAUGUCUAUGAAAGACAAUUCAUGAGUAUCCUUUAGGUGGAAUUCCUGGUUGGUCUUAAUAACAUGAAGCUGUAUCACUUCACUAUUUAAGAGAAGUAGAAGAACGGAAGUUUCAUUCACCACAAUCAUGAAUGAAAAUGAAACUAAGAACAUAUCCUAUAGCAAAAGAAGAACAAAGCCUUUAGACUGCUUUAAAGAUUCUUCAUCUUCCACACAAGACAGACAGUGUCUUCAUUUGUCGGAUUUUUCAAAAUUUCACUUGCUGCAAUGAAAGCUGAGCUGGUUGCACAUUGGGCUACUAACGAGUUAAAUGCUGUCAAAGGAAAUUGGCCCUGACCAAACUCUGCUUCUGGAUCACAAGUGGGCUGGGCUUUGGGCAGCAUAAAGACUGGGAGAAACCUGUGUGUGGGGAAGCCAGCCCCUCAGUACAGAAACAACUGCAACAAACGAUUCAGCAGUCAUGGACUCCUCUGACUGCCACAGGAAAAAAGUAGCUGUCAUUGGUGGAGGCUUGGUUGGAUCAUUAAAUGCAUGCUUCCUUGCAAAGAGGAAUUUCCAGGUUGAUGUAUAUGAAGCUAGGGAAGAUAUUCGAGUGGCUAAAUUUGCACGUGGAAGAAGCAUUAACUUGGCCCUUUCUUAUAGAGGACGACAAGCCUUGAAAGCCAUUGGCCUAGAAGAUCAGAUUGUAUCCCAAGGUAUUCCCAUGAGAGCAAGAAUGAUUCACUCUCUUUCAGGUAAAAAGUCUGCAAUUCCCUAUGGGACAAAGUCACAGUAUAUUCUUUCUAUAAGCAGAGAAAAUUUAAACAAGGAUCUAUUGAAUGCUGUUGAGAAAUACUCCAAUGCCAAGGUGCACUUUGGCCACAGGCUGUUGAAAUGUAAUCCCGAGGAAGGAACAAUCACGGUGCUUGGACCUGAUAAUGUUCCCAAAGAUGUCACUUGUGACCUCACUGUAGGAUGUGAUGGAGCCUAUUCAACAGUCAGAACUCACCUCAUGAAGAAACCCCGUUUUGAUUACAGUCAGCAAUACAUUCCUCACGGAUACAUGGAGUUGACUAUUCCCCCUAAGAAUGGGGAUUAUGCCAUGGAACCUAAUUAUCUGCAUAUUUGGCCUAGAAAUACCUUUAUGAUGAUUGCACUUCCUAACAUGAACAAAUCUUUCACAUGCACUUUGUUCAUGCCCUUUGAAGAAUUUGAGAAACUUCUAACCGGUAGUGAUGUGCUGGACUUCUUCCAGAAGCACUUUCCAGAUUCCAUCCCUCUAAUUGGAGCGCAAGCCCUAGCACACGAUUACUUUCUGUUGCCUGCUCAGCCCAUGAUAUCCAUAAAGUGCUCUUCUUUUCACUUUAAAUCUCACUGUGUGCUGAUGGGAGAUGCAGCACAUGCCAUUGUGCCAUUUUUUGGGCAAGGAAUGAAUGCGGGCUUUGAAGACUGCUUGGUAUUUGAUGAGUUAAUGGAAAAGUUCAAUAAUGAUCUUAGUAUAUGUCUUCCUGAAUUCUCAAGAUUUAGAAUUCCAGAUGACCAUGCAAUUUCGGACCUAUCCAUGUAUAAUUACAUAGAGAUGCGAGCACAUGUCAACUCAAGGUGGUUCAUUUUUCAAAAGAACAUAGAGAGAGUUCUUCAUUGUAUUAUGCCAUCUACUUUUAUCCCUCUCUAUACCAUGGUCACCUUUUCCAGAAUAAGAUACCAUGAGGCAGUGCUGCGCUGGCAUUGGCAAAAAAAGGUGAUAAACAGAGGACUCUUUUUCUUUGGAUCACUGAUCGCCAUUGGUGGUUACUACCUACUUGUACACUACAUGUCGCUGAGACCUCUGGACUACUUGAGAAGACCAUGGAAUUGGAUCACUUACUUCCAAAAAGCAGGACCUCGUUCUCUAAUAACUCCAGGAAAUCACUAGAACAGAUUCUGUUUAUUUACUAGAUGAUAUAAACAUUCUGAAGUAGCAACUGAUUCCUCUGUGAUCAAAAUUAAGGAUCGAAACCAUGUCUCCAUCAUUAUAUUUAAUUCAUGAUGGGAAGAUAAUUGUGAACUUAUAAUUAAAUUCAAAUGUAGACUUUCCCUGUGUUGAUUG